AAAAAAAAAAAAGACUGCCUUUGAGAGUGAAAGCUGCAGUUUGACCAAAUACUUGUGCUGUAAUCUUCCCGCUCGGCACAUUAAACACUGCCUGAGAUUUAGCAUCCCUCCAACGCCUGCCUGUCUGUCCGUUCUUGGCCGCACUUGUUGUCGACAACUUCAUCCACGUGACCAACGGCGACAUGGGGCGUGCGGGGGGCCGUAGCUUAAGUGCGCUUAAGCCUGCUUUGUGCUGACCGCUGAACUCUGACUCCAGUUGACGGCCGUGACAGUUCCAACACCGUAGGAGAGAAGUCACUUGAAAGCUGUCGGGCAAACAUGACCGCUGAUUGCUGUGAUGAGAUGAUUACGAUUUGUGAUAAUUAUCACGCUUGCGUGGUAGUCAAAUCGAAAUGUUCUACAUUAACAGCCGAUCUGCAAGUACAAGGUGUUCUAAUUGUCCUUGGUCAAUUAAAUGGGGACCUUUGUUUUUGAGUGUGGUGAUUCAGUGGUCCUUGUCUUUAUCGUUAUUUAUCAAAUUAUCUGAAAAUGACCAAUCUAAGGUGUUCGGCAUCCAUUUUAACUUCGGUUUCAGGGUCCACUCACACUUGAACUCAAAGUGGUAAAAUACAACAACAGCGUUUCAUAGAGUAAAAAGGAAACUUUUGAAAAACAGGUCUCAUUGGGAAGUUUUCCAAAAUGUCUGCUUUAUCGUUCCCAUCUAAACAAAAGUGGAACAGUAAGUACAGGCUACACAGGGGAUCUUCAUGUUACGACGGCAUACUGUUCGUUCAACGGUGACGGAACACAAAUUUGUACAGUCGGAACAUGCCGUAUCACUAACCUAUGCUAACGAUGCAGAAAAGUCAUCCAUCCAUUUUCCGAGCCGCUUCUCCUCACGGGUCGCGGGCGUGCUGGAGGCUAUCCCAGCUAUCAUCGGGCAGGAGGCGGGGUACACCCUGAACUGGUUGCCAGCCAAUCGCAGGGCACAUACAAACAAACAACAUUCACACUCACAUUCACACCUACGUGCAAUUUAGAGUCCCCAAUUAAUGCAUGUUUUUUUGGAUGUGGGAGGAAACCGGAGUGCCCGGAGAAAACCCACGCAGGCACGGGGAGAACAUGCAAACUCCACACAGGCGGGACCGGGAACCGAACCCCGCUCCUCAGAACUGUGAGGCUGAUGCUCCAACCAGUCGGUCACCGUGCCGCCACAGAAAAGUCAUGAUUAAAUCCACCCACGCCUGCUCUGGGGUCCAGCGAUGUGGAUCUGCUUGCUUUACAACGAGACGGAAACCAGCGUGGACUUCCGCCUGUGCCAGGACUUUGGCCUUAUCCUGUCUGUGCUGUCGCUGGUCUACCUGCUGGUGUGCUUCCCGCUGGGCCUGUGUUCCAACGUGCUGCUGGUGGCCGUCAACCUCUCCAACAAGGUAUCCAUGACCAUGCCCGACGUCUACUUCGUCAACAUGGCCAUCGCGGGCCUGGUGCUCAACGCGGUGGCGCCUGUGGAGCUGCUGAGCUCCACCUUCACCCGCUGGCACGCAUGGGAGUACACCAACGAGGUGUACAUCACGCUGCUCAUCCUUUUCAACAUCUCCUCGCUGGUCAUCAUGUACUCCACCACGCUGCUUAGUCUGGACUACUACAUCGAGCGCGCCCUUCCACGCACCUACAUGUCCAGCGUGUACAACACCAAGCAUGUGUGCGGCUUCAUCUGGGGCGGCGCCGUGCUCACCAGUUUUUCCUCGCUACUCUUCUACGUGUGCAACCACAUCUCCACCAAAAUGGUGGAGUGCUCCAAGAUGCAGAACAAGGAGGCGGCCGACGCCAUCAUGAUGUUCAUCGGCUACGUGGUGCCUGCCGUGGCGGUCCUAUACGCCUUUGCGCUCAUUCUGCGCAUCCGGAAGGAGUCCACGCCGUUGGACCAGGACUCGGCCCGCUUGGACCCAUCUAUCCACCGGUUGCUCCUGGCCUCCGUGUGCGUUCAGUUUGUGCUGUGGAGUCCGUACUACGUGACGCUGCUGGUGCACACGGUGGCCGGAGCGCCCGGGUACGUGGGCGGCUCGCGCUACCUGCCCAUCUACUACUUCCUGCGCUGCAUCUCCAAGCUGAUGGCGUUCUCCAGCAGCUUCGCCAUGCCGCUCAUGUACCGCCAGAUGAACAAGAACUUCUCCAACAAAUUGCGGCGGUUGCUGGCCAGACUGCGUUGCCGGGACCAGUCGUGCCCCCACGAACGCUCCACAGUACAGCAAGUGGUCACGUGAAGCUUCCCCACAACAUUUCCACCCCCCCAGCACUUAUUUCAGCCCCCCUCACAUCCCUCCAGAGCCAGUAUCUCGCCGCCAGGCGCUAGCCGCCCCGGACUGCGUUAAAGCGCGACAUAGCAAACUGUGGAAUUUCCUGUCACCUUCCGGAGCGCAAACCGACGGAUCCAAGAAACCACUAAGUGCUGCCAUUUGUGUGUGUGUGCGUGUGUGUGUGUGUGUGUGUGUGUGCGUGCGUGCGCGUGUGUGUGUGUGUGACCAAGGGAAGCUCUCCACUAAGUCACUUUGGCUGCAUCCUCAGCUCUUAGCGCCUCACCAUUGCAGUGGCCUGACAUCCUGGCAAUGUGAUGAACAUGCGAAUGUUCCUGUACAUUCACUAAGCUAUUCUAUAUGAUGUAUCUCCCCUAACUGAUUAGCUUGGUGCACAACAUAUUGGACUAUGAAAUGAAGUCCAUUGUGCGAGGGGGAACAUUAGCUAGCUAUGUUCAUAAAGCACUAUAUGUAUUACAAAAGAUAAGCUGCUCGGCCUUGAAAUUAAUUUGACCAUGAAGGUCUGUUCUUGGGUGCAACGUUUACUAUGCUGCCAGAAUUCCAUUGUUUUCGAGCCAGAACACUGCCAUUAAGUUUUGACAUCGAAAAUAAAUGUUGGCAUUGUCGAAAAAGAUGUACGUGUAGGCCGCUCUCCUCCCUUCGUAAAGCCUUGAGACACGUUCACGCCCUCCUAGCUUCUCCCUUUCAUGUCAAAAUAUUGCCAUUAAGUUGGAAGUAAAAAUGUAUUCUGCAAACCAGGAAGUUGAUGUUGGAAAAAAUGACACUGAAGAAAUGAAGAUGGUCAUGAAGGCAAAAUCAGGGGGAAAGAAAGUCAUUUUAUGAUUGUGUUUCGAUGGAGUGGUUAGCACGUUAGCGUCACAUUUCUGAGGCGCGGAGUUUGAAUCUGGCCUCCGGCCGUCCUGUGUUUCAUUUGCAUGUUUACCCCAUGUUGGCGUGGGUGUUUUCUGGGUACUCCUGCCUCCUCCCACAUAAAAAAAAACCACUCAUGCUAAGAUUAAUUGAAGACUAAAUUGUCCAUAGGUGUGAACAUGAGUGUGAGUUCUUGUUUAUCCGUAUGUGCCCUGUGAAUGGCCGGUGACCAGUCCGGACUGUAGUCAGCUGGAACAGGCUUCACCUCACUAGUAACCCUAAUAAGGAUAAGCACUAUAGAAAAUGGAUGGAUAAUGUCAGUAUUUCAUCUUUAAGCUCAACCUUUUCAGCACCAAUGCUUGUCUCAGUGAUCUUUUUUUCUAAAAUGGCCCAAAUAGUUUUCAAUGAAUACCUAAUGGCGGUGUUCCGGAUCCAUAUGUUGUGAGCUAGAAUUAGGUUUGGUAUAAGGAGGUUACUCGGGUUACAUUUUUAGAAAUGCCUUCACGUCUAAAUACAGAACCCGACACCCUGGUUGUUGUUCGAGUUUCAAUCAUAACCGCUUUACCUCAUUAGCCAGCAAAUCAUCAAAUCCAGACAAAGAAUCUGGCUCCAGUGCAAGCGCCUCAGCAUUUGUGCAGCUAGCAUUUGCUACUGAGGCUGCUAAUUAAGAAAGGCUUAGAGUUGCAAAUUUUUUUUUAGUUGAGCACUUUUUAAUUUUCCAUCACUCGUACAGAAAAGCGGUGGCUCCUCCAAAGUCGAACACAACUUGACGUCCAAGUUUGAAAACUGUACAGACAAAUGUUUUAAAGUUAAGAGUAUGCAGUUUUCAAACUGCUCGCAAUAUUUGAAUAUGGCCUCACGUCUAUCCCCGCCCCCUCACGCCUCCGCCCAAAGAAACACCCCCCAGCUCACUAAUGCUUGUGGACGGCAGCUACAUUGCAAACAUGUCUUAUUCGUGAUUGAGUGUUGCCGAACACAAAAUGUUACUGGUUUGAUGUUGUAUUUUUUUAAACGAACAAAAAUAUAAGAGGUGAUCAACUUACCUGACGGCCCAGCGAGAAUGGUGAAGUGAGGUUUUCCAUGCCCAACUACGCAGCUGUCUGCAUAUAGGAGGACACCAUCGUUAUUUAUGUUUUUGCCCUUCAUUUGUCUCGAGAGCUGUCCAUUUCCUUCUUUUUAACUUUUGUUGCUAAACGGAGCUAAAUAAUCUGACAAAGAAACCACUAUAGUCUACUUUGCAAGAGUCUGUGCUGUGUCCCAGUGAGGCACCAUGAGCGGUGGUGCGCAUGAGUAAAUGAUUGACAUCUGUUCAGUCACGGCUUUUAUCACUACACUCUAUUAUCCAUUCUCGUUGUGCCAUUCCCGGUCAUAAAAUAAUUCAAAUAUAAUUAGAGGCAUAAAAUGGUCGCAGAGAGGGAUGAUUUUUCAAAAGAUCAUUUUAAAUUAUAUUCUACUGUCAUACAGUGUCACACUGUCAAAUUAUAUUCUACUGUCAUACAGUUUUAACAUACAUGACAAAAAGUGUUUUUGUUUUUUGUUUGUUUUGUUUUUAAACUGCAAACACUACCUUUAAGUAACAUUUCAGAAACUGUCAUACAAGUAAAAAGACUAAUUGUUAUGAUACUAAAAGUACAAUUUCUGGCCCUUUAAAGACUUGAGUUUUCCCCCUAAACAAAACAAAACAUUUUUAUCAUUGCACUUUUCCUCUUUACCAUCACUGGCACCCUUCUGUGUUUGUUUCAUAAAAAGACACAAAAAAAGUCCAAAGAAGAGGCCAAAAUACGCUUUUUGGGAGCGUUCAACUUUGGGAGGUUCCACUGUACGUCGUGAAAGGUUGUCACUUUUUUUUUUUUUUGCUUAGCUUUUAUUCACGCUACCGCAGAGAGUACCGGGGCUUUUAUCACAGGAGCAUGGCGUCCAUUUCAGAAAAUCUUAUGUACUCUUAUGUGAAGCGAAGCCCCAUAUAAAACACACAUAUGUCUCAUCAGUUAAUCAUUAGCUGCUCAAAGUCAACAGUGACAGAUCUUACAGUACAGUAUACUGUACCUGUUGACAGUGGGCCACUUUAGUUCAAAACGACUGCCCACCCCCCAAAAUUGAUGAAGUCAACUCAAUUUCAAGCCCUUAUAAACUGCUGUCUCUUUCAAUGAUUUGUCUCAAAUGGAAAACGAUCAUUUUUGCCCAUUUUUUUUUCUCACCGUGUUACCGCAGCGCCUCCUAGUGGAGAAACGUCCACCAUCAUUUGGAAUUCUGGCUGCAUUUGUGAAAGACUACCUUUUUCUUUUUUUUCUCUCCCCCCCCCCCCCCCCCACCUUUAAAAGCCUGACAAGAUCUCAGCUAUAUUCGGAUGCAAUGUUCUUACUUUCAACGGCAAAAUCUCAUUGGGUCCAAAUGAGUCCACUUAUGCCCCCCCCGUGUGUACCGGUGAAUAUAAUGCAAAAUUAAUGUGUAUAUAUUGUAAGCAAGAGAGAUACUGUGCUGUAGGGUGCUCUUUCAAUACGUACAGUAUUUUUGUUGUUGUUUUUCCAGAGAUUUAUCUAGAUUCUCUAAGUAAUCUACUGUCAUCAGAGUCAAAGACUGAAUAAACCAUAAACUAACA